AUGAAGUUUGAUGCUAUUUUAACACAAAUUGGUUCGUUUGGACCUUAUCAAAAGAGAAAUUAUGUUUUGUUAAUGAUUGGCUGGAUUUUCACAGGACCAUUUAUGGGACUUUCAGUGUUUAUCAAUGGAAUUCCUGAUCACAGAUGUCAAAUUCCUGGCCUGGAAAACGACACUUAUGAAAUUCAAGGAUUUGAACAUCAACGACUAAUUGACACAUACAUUCCAUUGUCAACACAUGACAACAAAGUUUAUGAACAGUGUAACGUAUACCAGAUUGACCAAUCACACACAGUAUUUGAUAAUGACAGCCACCCAAUCAAUACUACCAAAUCCAAAUGCAGUUCAUGGGUUUACAGUAAAAAGCUGUUUGAUAACACAUUUGUUAUGAAAGAAAACUUGGUAUGUGAUAGUAAGUACAAAGUUUCCUUGUCAAAGACAAUAUUCUUCGGAGGUGUUCUGUUGGGAUCUUUUAUGUUCGGAGUUAUUUCUGAUUCGUUCGUACCAGAAUCUCCCAGAUGGUUGAGUGGAAAAGGUAGAAAAAAGGAGGCAGCUGCUCUACUUAAACAUGCCGCUUUCAUCAACAAAACAGAAUUUUCAGAAAAAGUUAUGGAAGAAUUAGCACCAGAAAAGAAAGAGGCGGGAAAAGUCUGGCUAUUGUUUUCAGACAGAACUUUGGGUUGUCGCACUGUUGUCAUAUUUUAUAAUUGGAUGGUAGCUAGUAUGGUGUUUUAUGGUUUGUCACUCAAUACUGGAAUGCUGUAUGGAGAUUACUACAUUAAUUUUCUGCUCAGUGUUCUUAUGGAAUUCCCAGGACGUGCAUUACCUAUUUUCAUGAUUGAUAGAAUAGGACGAAAAAAGAGUCAUAUUAUUUAUAUGACUGUUGGAGGGUUAUCUUGUCUGAGCACAAUAUUCACUGUUAAUUAUGGCGGGAAAGUUUACCCAGGAACUGCAAAUCAGAACAAAGUUCGUGUGUUCAUGCUUUACAGUAUGAUACGUCUUCACAUUAAUCGUUCAUCAGUUAGCCGAAUAUUCAAUUUCACAAUCUUUUUAAAAUGCACUUUUCAAUUUAAGGCUAAUUUAGUAGGAGGCACUACUGGCACUGCCAUACCAUUAGUUAUAUUUGGAGGGGCUUGUUUGAUUGCUGCAGGUUUGACAUUACUUCUUCCGGAAACACUGAAUCAACAUUUACCUGAAAGUAUAGAAGACGGAAAGAAUUUUGGGAAAAAAUCAAAUAAAAAGAUUCCGGAAGAAUUUACAGUAAAAAAUGGCAUUGACUCAAUGACAAAGUUUUAAGCAGUUAUACAAUGUAUGCAUAAAAUUCAUAUAGUAGUAAAUUGUACAGUUUAUAGGUUAGUAAUGAAGAAGCUAUUAGCUGUGUGUUUUGCUUGAAUAAGAACUAUGAAUGUAUUUCUAUGUAUAAACUAUACUUAUUCAAACACAUA